AUGCUAGAGAAGUUUGAUAUCGAUUAUGUUCUCCUCGAAAAACACUCGGAAAUCGCACCACCAGUCGGUGCUAGCAUCGGCCUGUUUCCCAAUGGUCUGCGUAUACUAGAUCAACUUGGAUGUUACGAGCGAAUCACCAACCUGUCCAUCCAGCAACUCAAAGUGGGAUAUAUGCGGGAUAAAAAAGGUGACGUACUUUGCGGCAUGCAUCAAAUGUUCAAACACUUGGAGAAGCGACAUGGAUAUGGCCUGCUGUUCUUUGAUCGGCAGCAACUUCUAGAGAUUCUACACGAAACGAUCAAGCACAAAGAUAGGGUAUUGCUCAACAAAAAGGUCAGCAGUAUAGAUCUCAUCGAUGGGGGUGUCCAUGUCACGACCGCAGAUGGCUCGGUCUACACUGGUACGCUCGUUGUGGGCGCAGACGGCAUCCACAGCAACGUGCGAUCUCUUAUGAGAGGCUUAGGCGACAAGCUCCAGCCAGGAUAUUUCUCCUCUAAAGAGGAGGAUAGCGUUCCCUGCUACUACCGUUGCAGCUUCGGCAUCGCUCAGCAUGUUCCUGGAUGGGUCGCAGGAGAGCAAAAUAUUGUCAUGGGCGAUGGCCAGUCGCAGCUUGUUGUGUCGGGGCCAGAUGACCGGGUGUAUUGGUUUCUGUUCGAUAGGCUGCCACAGGCCAAGUAUGGGAAGGAUAUACCUAGGUACACCAAGGAAGAUGAGGCUGAAUUCGUCAAACAAAAUUACAAUCUUCCCAUCACAAGAAAAGUCACCUUCGGCGACGUUUUGGACAAGCGACUUUCGUCGACCUUGACACCUCUGCACGAGAUUGUUUACCAAAAGUGGUUUUUCAAGAGGAUCAUUACUUUUGGAGACUCAGCGCACAAGCCAAACCCUAUUGGCGGCCAAGGUGCUAAUGGAGCAAUGGAAUCCUGCGCCGAGUUUCUCAAUGCUAUCUUGCGAAAGAAACAAGGCCACGGUGGUAGCUUGGAUAACCUAUCCGACCAAGACAUAGAGGACAUCCUGCGCGAAACACAGACUAACAGAUAUGAUCGUGCCCAAUCGAUCGUCCGCAGUGCCCAUGACAUGCAGGCACUUAAUGCUUACGAGAACCCGCUUGUCUCUACCAUAGCAAACAACCUUAUCCUACCCUUUGUAGGGGAUGAGUUUGUCCUCAACCAAAUGGGAAAGACUUUCGUUGGUGCCGCCACCGUAGAGGAACUGGAUGUCCCGCGUCGGUCUAAGGUCAUUCCUUUCAGUGAUGAGCUACCAGCUAAACCCAUUGACCAAAGCAUGUCUAGGCUCAUUCGUUGGGGUUUCAUAGGGAGCAUGGGGCUCGUUCUUUUUGUCACAACGAAGGCUUUCCGUUUGCCUUUUUCGAGUCUCGGCGGCUGGGGAGAAUCCAGUUCGGUUAUCAUCUCCUGGCUAGGUGACAGCCCCAGACAGGAGUUUUUGAACAAACUGGUGUCAGUUUUAUCUUUCCCCAUCCUGGACAAAGACCCCUCGGCGAGGCUACAUCUUAUCAAUUUUCUCCCUCAGCUUAUCUCGCCACUCCUGAUAUAUACUAUUGAGGGUUACCGCCUGGGGAACCAGGGAUCGCUCUUAGCCCUGCCAGCCAUCUUUACUGCGGGCAUGCAAGUCCAGGGAAUUGGACGAAUAGCUCCCCUCUAUGCUAUUCUGAGCUCCCUCUAUGCACACGAGAGCAUUCCAGGCCGUGCAGUUCCCAGGGAGGUAGCCAUAUCCCUAAUCCCAGCGGUCACCCUGGGCUUUGUACUGCCGACAAUCAUGGUCUUCGCGUCAACCUCUAAUCUCGAAGCCUGGCAGCACUGGGUUGCGCUCUGGCAAUUCGCACCACCCUUAGUUAGCGUCAUGACUGCGGUCCUGUCAGCCGGCUUCAAGCGGUCGCGACUAAUUCGCGACGUCCCACAAGAGGAGGGAGAGGCAUUCGAGCACUACAAGACACAUGAUGUGCCGCUCCUCAAGCAAGUGUACACAUAUGCGGUUGCCGUGCAGUCAACAGUACACAUCGCAACAAUGGCAUACGCGUGGUCCCAUCCCAAUAUCGCAAUCGGGAAGGCCUUCUUUGGUUUGCCAAAUCCCUUCCGUGCUGAGUGGAACAUCACAACCAUUUCGGGGCAGAUAGCUACAUUCUUCCGGUACGACGCUGUGACAGCCUUGGCGGGCUAUGUUGGUGGCAACUUGUACUCGAUCUGGGACCUCCGUCGCCUUGGAUAUAUUCAGACACGUACUGCGGUCAAGGCUGCCCUUGCAGUUAUAGCGGGCCAGUUCAUGAUUGGCCCAGGUGCUACUUGGGCUGCCUUGUGGUCCUGGAGAGAGGAUGCUAUUGCCGGUCUAGCGAAGUAG